AUGUCUUCUCUCCUGCGCCAUUUCGUCCUCACGGCUUCGGCCAUAUCUGCGCUGACAAUUGGUGAUAUCAAUGGGAACAAGUUCCUUUCGCCGUAUAAUGGCCAGGCUGUAUCUAAUGUGUCCGGGAUUAUAACUGCGAAAGGGCCAGAUGGACUGUGGAUUCGUUCUCUAACACCAGAUCGCGAUCUGAGGACUUCCGAGUCGAUUUAUGUCUUUGGGAGAGCGUUUGGUGCGAAUUUGACUGUGGGUGAUUCGAUUGUGCUCGGUGGAAAGGUCCAGGAGUUUCGCUCGAACAAAGACUACAUCUAUCUCACGGAGAUUAGCUCGCCGAAGCUCGAGAAGAAGGUUUCAUCUGGUAACACGGUGAAGGCUUUAGUCAUCGGCAAGGACACUGCCGACCCUCCCACAGAGCAGUAUACUGCGCUCGAUGGAGGCGACGUCUUCGCAGUUCCGAACAAUGUCAGCCUGGUAUCGGUUGCAAACCCAGUCCUCGAUCCUAAGAAGUACGGGCUUGAUUUCUGGGAGAGCCUGUCGGGCGAGUUGGUUACUGUGCGGAAGCCAAAGGCCAUCGCAAAACCUAACAACUUUGGUGAUACAUGGGUGAUCGGGGAUUGGAAAGUAUCAGGUCGGAAUCAGCGAGGAGGGUUGACACUGUCCGAUGGUGAUGCCAACCCGGAAGCCAUUAUCAUCGGCUCCCCCCUUGACGGCUCUUCAAACCCACGGACGACGAAGCUGGGAGAUGACCUUGAAGAAAUUACCGGCAUCAUCACUUACGCCUUUGGUUUCUACCGUAUCCUCCCCACUACCGCCAUCAAAGUCACUCUUUCUAUGAAACCAGACCUUCCACCUUCGACGAAGCUCCUCUCAUCCGGGAAGUGUGAUGGAAUUACCAUCGGUGACUACAAUGUGGAGAAUCUCGCACCAAACUCAACUCACUUGUCAACGAUUGCCACGCACAUCGUUUCGUAUCUAGCAUCCCCCGAUCUUGUCUUCCUACAAGAGAUCCAGGAUGACAACGGACCCACAAACGACGCAGUCGUGUCGGCAAAUUUAACCUUGAGCUCCCUUACUAAAGAGAUCGCUGCGGCGGGAGGCCCAUCAUACGCCUUUGCUGACAUUGACCCCGUUGAUGAUCAGGACGGCGGCCAGCCGGGCGGGAACAUCCGGGUAGCCUAUCUGUAUAAACCGACACAUCUCCGUUUGUAUCAGGGGAAUCCCGGCACUAGCACUGAUGCAAACGAAGUCCUACAAGGCCCGACACUGAAAUACAACCCAGGCCGCAUCGACCCAGCAAAUAAGGCCUGGACUGCGAGUCGCAAACCCCUCGUCGCCCAGUGGGAAGUCAUUGACAAAGGAAGGAACUCUAAAUUCUUCACUGUUAAUGUGCACUUCGGAUCCAAGGGAGGGAGCAGCAGCAUCCAGGGUGAUGCAAGGCCGCCUGUGAAUGGAGGCGUCGCCGACCGUCUGGCACAGGCUCAGCUCACAGCAAACUUCAUCAAGGCUAUCCUUGACGAAGAUCGAAACGCUCGGAUCAUAACUGCAGGUGACUUCAACGAAUUUACGUUUGUUGAGCCGUUGAAACAGUUUGCACAGAUCUCAAGCCUAAAAGAUCUAGAUGAGGUGAUAGGGAUUAAAGAGACGGAACGUUACACGUAUCUAUUCGACAUGAACGCCCAGCAGCUUGACCACAUGUUUGUGAGUAACACACUCACGAAGAAGGCCAGGUACGAACAUAUCCACAUCAACACCUGGGUCGAUAGUGCGGCACAGAUAAGUGACCAUGAUCCGUCGGUGGCGAGGUUGGAUGUGUGCGUCUGAGUGAGUGCGAAAGCAAAUGACUAACAAGUUGAACGAAUGUGAAUACGAAUGCAGUCAGUCUCCUUGCAUCCCCUGCGUCUCGACGUUUUACCAUCAAUUCGAUAUUGCGGCGCAGUGAACCGUCCUCCAUUCGGAGCCUAAAAUAAAACAGGGUGAAAAGCCAUCGGAAGGUUGCUGAGAUGAGAUGAGCCCUCUCGUGGUGAUUGGCCCCCGCCAUCCAACUCAUAUCUCUGCUUCUUCCCUCUAAGCCCUGCCCUCUGUGAUGACCGCGCAGGACCAGUUCGAUAAUUAGUCUUCCACACUCCUGGGAGGAAGUACAUCGCUUGGAUAAUUAUCAGCUGAGGAUUGCUUGAGCUCAGGGGGUGGUCUUCAUCCGACCGUUUCCAAAAGCGAGUCAGCAUCAUCCUGGCCAUCAUCGGUCAACGUGUAGACUGGUCGCUGGGGUUCCCAUUGCCUCGGUCGCCUCAACACUUUGCUCUCCGAUAACCAGCAACAGAAA